UUGUCUGUCAAUGGGAAGGGGAGGAGCCGCGCCUGUUCAGCUGGUCGCCUCCAAGAUGGCGGGGACCAACGAGCUGGGUCUGGCGGAGCUGCCGUCCGAUCCGCUGCUCCUGAUCCUGUCUUACCUGGACUUCCGGGACCUGCUCAGCUGCAGUCUCCUCAACAGAAGAUUUAACCAGCUCUGCAACCAUGAUCCUCUAUGGAAGUGGCCAUGUCGGAAGUAUUGGCUGGUGUCGGAAGACAAGAAGGCCCAGAAGAACCGCAGCUGGAAAGCGACAUUUACAGACUAUUACGUGGAUCUGGGAAGGUAUAUUCAUCACUAUGCCAAGCUGAAGGCGGCCUGGGAUGCCCUGAAGGCUUAUCUGGGUGAACACUGCCCCAGAAUGAUCACCUCUCUUAAAGCCGGCGUGCAGGAGGAAGAUCUUAACGCCAUAGAAGAAAGAAUCGGCGCCAAGCUGCCUGACGAUUAUCGCUGUUCCUUGCGUAUUCACAAUGGACAGAAGCUUGUGCUACCUGGGCUGAUGGGCAGCAUGGCGUUAUCCAACCACUACCGGUCUGAGAACCUGCUGGACGUAGACACAGCAGCCGGCGGCUUCCAGCGCAGGAUUGGGCUCAAUCGGUGCCUUCCAGUCACCUUCUGCAUCCACACUGGUCUCAGUCAGUACUUGGCUCUGGCUGACGUUGAAGGGAGGUGUCGCAAUGAGAUAUUCUAUCAGUGUCCGGACCAGACAACACAUAACCCUGCUGCACUGGACAUGUUUAUUACAGGUACCUCUUUCACCCAGUGGUUUACGUCGUAUGUGCAGCAUGUUGUCUCAGGUGACUAUCCCAUCAUCAGGGACCAGAUUUUCAGGUAUGAGCAUGACAAGGACUGUGUGGCCAUUACUGAUGAGGUCACCACAUCAGUCUCCACUUCCUUUCUGCCCGAGUUGAGCUCUAUCCACCCUCCACAUUACUUCUUCACCUACAGAAUCAGGAUGGAGAUGGCCAAAAACGCUUUGCCAGAAAAAGCAUGCCAGCUCGAUAGCCGCUACUGGAAAAUCACAAAUGCAAAGGGAAACGUGGAGGAGGUACAAGGCCCGGGAGUGGUGGGAGAUUACCCCCAGCUGAGGGCGGGUAGAGUGUACGAAUACACCAGCUGCACUACAUUCUCCACAACCUCGGGAUACAUGGAGGGGAGUUAUACGUUCCACCGGCUUGACAACAAGAACGAGGUCUUCAAUGUCACCAUCCCUCGCUUUCACAUGAAAUGCCCCACAUUUCGAGUGUCCGACGUUGCUACAGUAGGAAGAGAGCUGCAAUGAUUGCUUUCUACACGACGACGACUCCACAGACACGGAUGAAUAUGAAGAGAGGAGGAGAGUGCUGGACAUGCCGAAUCCUCCUGUCCAUUGCCCACGCUUCACCUGAGUGCCACCGCCUGCAUCUGCAGAAGACCAGCGGGGUCGUCCUGCCAGGAUCCUUUUUUAUUUGCAUUCUUCUGCUCUUGGCGCUGGCCCGGGCUCCUUGCCUGCCGCCCGCUGCCUGUAUCCGCGCUGCGACAUCCUGUUUGUGUAUCUGUCACUUGCCGCCACGAAGGGAGAGGUUGCCGCCUGUUGCAAGCCGUCAGCGCUCCCAUUGGCUUGUCCUGAGCUGGCAAUCAUGGCUUCACAGCGGUCCUUAUUUUUAUAAUUUACAUACAAAUCUUACGACGACCGCAGCGUUGGCGCAAUCUUCAGCGGAAAGAGACUGAGUAUCUGGGCAUUUUCUUUUUUUUUUUUUUUAAGAAUCUUCAUUAUUCAGGGGAGUUUAUCGUGCGUGCAGGACGCUGGGUUUGAGACUUUGAUAAGACCUAUGUAUCGGCAUGGCCAUUUGGGUUUGUGGAGGCAGCCAUUUUGUGGACUAGGCCAUAAUUCUUAAAGGGGGAUGUCCAACAAGGCCACCCUCUUAUGUUGCCACUGUCUGAUAUUGGGAGACCAUGUAAGACAGUAUUUACACCUGCGUCUGACGCAGAUUCUGUCACAUUUGACUGAACAAAAUAGCCUUUCAUGCAGCGCCAACAGUUAAAAAGUCAAAAUCGUGAUGCGCCCCAAAACAACCACUUUUGGGUGCGGUUUCUAUAAGCCCCCCCCCCCCCCUUCCUUUUUGCAACCCUAAACAUGAAAUUAUAGUGACAAAAUCAGGACUGUUCAAUAAAAUGCGCACUAUUUUUCCUGUCAAAAUGGUAGACACCUUAGCAGAACCUGAUCUAAGUCAAUGGGGUCCAUCAGGCAAUGCUGGCGUCCAUUAUGUGACGCGUCUCUCACAGCGUUGUGGCUUCCAGAUUUUGAGACUGUCUUCAUAGCAACCAAUCACAGCACAGCUUACAUCUCUGUCAGUGCUGUUGAAAAAAUGAAAGCUGCGCUGUGAUUUGUUGCUGUGGGCAGUAACUGAGGCAGACAUAUGUAAACUGACUAAAGGGAAAAAAAAUCUGCUUGUUGCCCACAGCAACCAAUCGGAGCACAGAUUUCAGUUGUCGAGAGCCCUAGAAGAAAUGAAAGCUGUGCUGUGAUUGGUUGCUGGGGCAGAUAUAUGAAAACAGUCUAAAGGGAAACCUGUUUGUUGCCAAUAGCAACUAAGCGCAGCUUUCAAUUUUCAAGAGCUCUAGAAGAAAUGAAAGCUGCACUGUGAUUGGUUGCCAUGGGAAAUCUCCCCCAAUUUAAUUGUUUUCUAUCUUCUGUUAUCCCUAAUUUCAGGAAAGCUGGGUGACCACUAAUUUAUACUGACGGAAUAAAAAAAGAGACUGUAAAUAUUCCCUUUUUCUCCUUUUAGACCCCAAUUUUUUGGUUUUGACACACGCCCAUUGCGCACUGUGUAAGGCUGUGUCCGCAACACAUCACGUGACCAAAGAUCGCCGUUGAUCUGAAUGGUUCUGCGACCGUGACCCCAGAAUCGCCAAAUAAUCCAGAAGUUCUGGGGUCACAGUCGCGGCAACUUGAAAAUCGGAUCGUCGUGGUCACUGAUCACAGCCAAGACCAGGCCUUGCAGUCUUCACCCAGCUUUCCUGGACUCCUGAAUGGCAAGAAUGCCCACACAUGCAGUGACUGGGGAGGGAUGGGCUACAUCACUGCUGGGGGAGAACCAUUAUUGCUGCCGUAGAGCUUUUGCCAAAUCUCAAGCAGCAAAUGCACUUAAAGGGGUUGUCCAAGGAUUAGAAGAACAUGAUUGCUUUCUUUCAAGAACAGCGCCACACCUGCCCACAUGCUCUGUGCGGUAUGGCUGCUCAGCCCCUUUCACAUCUGUGGCUAAACUGCAAUACCACUAUUGGCCUGUAGACUAGUGAGGCGCUGUUUUAUAUUAUAGAUCUUCUGCAAAAGCCACUCUCUGUGAACUGAAUCAGCGUCACUCUCAGGAAUGAAUGGUCCAGCCCUCAAAAUGGCCGUUCUGCUGUUGGUAGGACAUGGCAGUGCAUCGCUGCAGUGUCCCCCCGUCCCCCCCCCCCCCCCUAAUAUAUGUAUUUAGCUAUGGAAUCUGUGUCUUGUAGCAGCACCGGUCGGCUCAUGCAGUUUUCAUUCGGGUUAGACCCGCUCGCUUUGUUUCCUCCGUCUUUACAUAAUUUAUAUGGUAUAAUUUUAUGAUGCGUAUGAUAUAAUAAUUUUGGUAAAAGGAAAUAAACAGCGAAUUGGGGUUAAAAA